AUGGCAGAUUAUCAGACGUGUUUCAACCCCGAAUGCCAAGGUCAGCCAGCUGGACAUGAUGACGCAGAAAUAAACUCUCCCUCUAUUGACAUCAAAUCUGGGUCAUGUGAGGUGGAUGACACUAAUGAUGCUCACACUCUGAUUGGUGAGUCACAUCAAGAAUUACUUUUAUUAUCAGAAAUGAUUUUAGAUUUUUCUAGAAAGUAUGAUAUAAGGGCUUGGAUUCUCUUUCCUGGACAUCACUGUCAGUUGUCUUUCUGCUACUUUCAGCCCUGGAUAUAACACUAACUCUGGCUUCUGAAAGUCAGCAAAUUGACUCCUAAAUACGGGGAAGAGGAGGAAACUUCUCAGUUGUUUUUAGCAUAAGAUAUAUGUUAUGAGUCAUUCAAAUUCAGCUUAAAAAAUUUCAACCUAAUAUGAUAGGUUGAUUCUCAAUUUCCUUUGUCUUUAAACCCUAAUUCAUGAAUAAUUGGCGCUAGGAGACAAAGGAAACAGAUAAUAAACCUAGAUAGAAAAAUUUAACCUGAACUUAAUUUUGACAUGUAUCAUGUAUGCAUAAUCGUCAAAGAAAAAAGAAAUUCAACUGUAAAAGAUGCACAGUUUAUAUUUUUCCAUCCUUGGUUUUAUAAUUAUGUAUAGCCCCAUUGGGAAAAUUAAUACCCUUUACCACUUGAUACCCUUUACGCUUCUGAGACAGCAGUCACCAGAGUAUUUAAUUCAGGAAUAAACACACAAAAACAUACCAACACCAUUUCCAAAGGUUACAUACAACAUUUUUUAUUACUUGCAAACUUAACCGAAAAACAAUAACAUUCAAGUUUGACUUGGAUAUUUUAAUGUUGCAAUUAAGACCACUCAGUUUAAUUAAUCAUUAAUAACUCAUUAAUAUAACACAUUAUUACUCCUCAAAAUAUGUCUUGUUUUCUGCAUUAAAAAAUAAUGAAAGCAUAGACUCAUUGCUUGAGAACAUCUAAUUGCCAGUAUUCUUAGCAGCCACCUUAAAUGUUGGAUUUUGUUUGCUGCAGGUGAAGUUCAAGGAUCUGUGAUAGACAGGAAAUGUAGCAAAAAUAACAUCAGUUCUAGGGAAAAUAAAAUGCAAAUUUAUUCAGGUACAUUUUUUUAUCAAUACCAAUCAUGAAUUUUACUGAAUCAAAAUUAUACAGUUCAAUUUAAUUCAUAAUAUAGUAAGAUAAGUCUUAAAAGCAAUGCCUAUAAUCCUUACUUGUAGGGGAAUUCUGGUGCAAAAGUGACAGGCCAGGUAUUAUUUUGGGUGCCUUGAAUUAGCCAAGGAUUUUUUUGGGUAUCUUAAACAACGUUAUUGGUGUAUGGUAGUGCCACAUGCCUUCUUCUGUUGGUUUUGAUUUAACCUCUUUCAAUUAUCCCUGUCAAUUGAACUCUGGAGCACUGUAUCUGGGUGGUCAUUGGCUUUGUAGUUAAUUGCAUGGCUAUGAUGGGAUCGUCCAUAAGGAUCAGUUAAUGAAUUAACUACAGGCAACAUAACCUAGAAUCACACAUGUUAAUAGGAAGAGGUGACGCCACUUCACUCAUUUCAUAGUGGGGUCCUUUUUGGUAGAAAUGUGCAUACAGAACAGAGAAUUAAUACAGAUGUUUAAUGCACCUAUCCAUGUAAAGCCUGAGGGGGGGAAGCUAAAUCUAUAUAUUAAAAAUAAAAAUGAUGGUUUAUUAACAGAUCUACUGGGUGGCUCUCCCCUGUUAACGUACAUCAAUUACAGUUAAAAGAUAAAUCAUAUUAAGUUCUUCACAAACUAUGCAAUAUACAAUUAAAAGUAGAAGCAGGAUUAACAGAAUCGAAAUUACAGUAAAACUAACUGAUCACUCUCUACUCUGUUAUAUAAAAAAAUUCCUUGCAAGUCUUAAAAAGGUUCUGUAAUCUUUACAGGUUCUAAUAGUUUCUUGUAGAUUGUUAAAUAGCUUCCACACAUUAUCUUGGUAAGUGCCAUUUUUGGUUGCGUCCACUAAUCUAAUUGAAUUGCUUGAAUUGCUUGCUUGCAUAGUUUAAAGCCAUUACAUGGAUUUUGAAUCAGUGCUUCAACGUAUCCCAGAGUACAUCUGAUGGGUCACUGAGAAAGGGGAAUUACGCUUUUUGACUUUAGACAAAACCACACAUCUAAUAAGAGAAAACCGAGAGAUUGCAUCUUCAAAUGAUUUAUUCUGGCCAUGGAGAAUCUUCGAUACAUUUUUCAACAUUGACCCUGAACCACUGGAAGAAAUGUUAAAACAACUGUCCCUACUUUUGCGGCUUCCAGUGGAAAGUGCCCACGAGUACCUCGACGCAUGCAAACGGAAAUUUGAGAAGUCCUUCUGUGAGAACAUGGAGAGGGAAACCUGGAGAAAUCAUCUGUUGUAUAAACUGUGUGGCUGA